UAUUACCUUCAAGCAGAAAAUGAUUCAUUUCCUAUUGAGGUCAACUCUGCAGGGAGCAGAGCAAAUUGUUGAGAAAAUAAAGGCAUCCUUUCCCCUCACUGUGCCACUCAACUAAUCCAAAACACACCCUAAUUUUGGGGUGACCCAUGACUGGACUCUGACACUGAAUGACACCCCAAUGUCAAACUGAAGGAGGAUUACAGACAUCAAGUGGAACAAUUGGCCUGAUCCAGACUGAGGCAGACUGACAAGGACCUGGAAGUGGUCCCAAUGGUAUGUCUCAGCGUGGCAAAACAUUUGCACCUGAGUUGACUACAAGGGAGGACGAAAGAGAUGAGCCUGGCGCUUCUGAUGUUGCGACAUCAGCUGAAACGGAAGAGGGUAGAGGAAGGACAUCAGCUGAUCUGGGAGAUGACUACAAAGAGCAGGGGGGUGUUGAAGGACCACCAGCGGGAUAUACUCGAAGCCCGAUUUCUGUCGUAACGGAAUAUGCGUUAGCAGAUUUCGCCGAGCAGUAUAAAAGAGGUUCGUCGUUAGCCUCAUCAACUAGGAGCAGCAUGUCACAAGGCUCCUCGUUUUCUGGCUUCAGCGGACGCGGAAGCACUGGUGCCGGGAGCAGCAUAUCUUCCAGCGGCAGUGAGGGUAGGACCCAAAGGCUCUCCAGCAUGCUGAGAAAGCCCAACAGGUCCCUGGCGAAGGAACAGGCACUGAACGAGUUUUCGAAGACUGACGAGCACCUGGCCUACAUCCGGGAUGAGGCAUUGAAGAACCAAGUGGAGCUGCCCAUCGGACUUCUUAUAACCAUGAAGAAAGAGGUUCUGACUGUUGUACAAGAGACUGCAAAAGAGUACAAGAAGACUGUAGGGCCGCACCACAGGCUGACCAUGGAUGCUCUUCAACGAGUGGAUGAACUUACAGAGGAAAUUAAAAGAAUGGGAUUCUAGUCUUAUGUAUCACUGAAGCCUGUGUGUUUUAGCUCGGAUAUUUAACUAAUAUCAAUGUCUACCUAACACAUUAUCAACCAAAACUGACGAUGUUAGAAGUCAGGCUGUCCUGGUGAGUUUGUGUAAUUCCUUUGAGCAAAGAAUGAUGAGAGGCACUACAAAACCAAACAAAUGACAGGACAUGCAGCCCCACAUUCACUGCACUCUUUUAUUGGCUUUAUUGUCAUUCAAAUUUGACCCAGGAAAUCACCCAAUAAGAUCAUAAUGUACAUGUAUCUCUAUCUUUUAUAGGAAAGAUUACAGAUGCUUGUUACAUGCCUGUGAUUUUCUCAAUAAGAUUCAACAGCCUGUGACUUAUCUAAAAAAUACAGCUCCAUUGCUGGACCCAGAGAUAUUAAAUCUACAGUGUUGACACGACAAAAUAUCAAGUACUUCAUCAUUGUUGGACAUUCACAUAGAAUCUACAAUAUGUACAGAACCAACAUUGUCAUCUCUAUUUUUAUUACAUCACCCUCACUACUAUCUCCAUGAAUUAAUUAUUACUUGCAUCUUCAUUUUCAGCAUAAAGACUGCUCGAUUUGCCAUAUUUCAGUGAAAGUGCCUCAUUGUUCAAUACAUAAAGUGCCUCAUCGUUCAAUACAUAAAAUAUCAUCUCCAUCAAUCAAUCGAUCAAUCAAUCAAUCGAUCGAUCAAUCAAUCAAUUAAUCAAUCA